AUGAAUCUGAAGAAAGUUAAAAACAGAUUGAAAGACGAUAAACUAGACCUCAGCCUGUGCGACCUGAAAGAAGUGCCUAUUCGAGAAAUCGUACGUGCAAGAAUUUACGUUAUUAUACGUAUUUCAUCUGACAAAUACAAAUUUAUAUUUAAUUUUACUGAAUAUGACUUAGAACGUUGAAUACAUUCUUCUAUCGUAUGUCGUUUUGAAAUGUGCGCUGUAAAACGUACAUCAUUGUAUUGUAAAUGCCAGAUUGAAUCAUUAAAAUGUAGGUCUUAUGUUUCUCUAGGCAACUAUUAAAAAAGCAACACAUUUGGAUUUAUCAAACAACCUCUUAACUUCUUUGCCUGUAAGUUUCCUCAUUUCUGUUACUUUUACUUAAUGCAAUGCUGUAGAUAAUUUUACAAGCAAUUAAUUUCAGAAUACUUUCGUCGACCUGAAGCAAAUAAUCGUAUUAGAUCUCAGUAGGAAUAUGUUGACGGAAAUCCCUGCAAACUUUGGGGAACUGAAACAGUUGAAACAUUUGGAUCUUUAUGCAAAUCAGAUAAGUAGAUUGCCACUUAGUUUGAGCGAAUUGAAGAAUUUAAGAUGGUUAGAUUUAAAGGAAAAUCCUCUAACUCCUGCUGUAGCUAGCGUUGCUGGCUCUUGUAGUAAUUUGAGUGAAUGUCAGGCUUGCGCUCGUAAUGUUGUUACUUAUUUGUCACGUGUGAAACUCACUAUCGAAGAAGAGAAGUUACGAAGAUUAAACGCUAUUACAGCAGAUACAGAAACAAGUACUAUAUCGACCAAAAAAGGAGGUAAAAAAAAGAAGAAAAAGACAGUGGAUAAGAAUAAUAAACAAAAUUUAGAUAAAAAUGGUUCUGAUUUGUCAAAUAAGAUGUUGGAAAUAGAUCAAGGCAAAAUUGAACCUCCGAUGUCGAAUAAAAAUCAAGAUAAUGAAAAACAUGAAGUUAAAGGAAAAGUACAACGAUUUUUUAUGUCUGCGAUUUUGUGGCUUUUUUUAUUAGGUUUAACAUUUGCACUGAUCAUUUUGAUUCUUCCAUUAUAUUCGAAACAGUCGGAACACUUUAUAAAGUAUACAGAAACCACAUUUGUACGUUUAAAGGAAUUUCAGAAAUAUAGUACCGAUAUAUUCGACUCUUUCAUGCAAACGGUGAUUAAUAUCUGCCAUAAUUUGUAUCAUGCAUACGAGAGAUAUCUUGAAACGGAAACAGAAACACAUUCCACUGAAGAAAUAAGCGUUUUAUAA